AUGAGAGAGAGCGGGGAGGAGAAAGCCUUCGAAGCCCACCCCCAAUUCCCCGACCACCCAACAAUCUUCUUCUACGACUUCGUCCGCAACAGCCACAAUCAACUUAAGGCAGUUGAACCGGCCAAGUUCCACGCCUGCGACAAGAUAUCCCGUGACGCCGAACAGGAGAUCAUCGGUCGAAACGGCUUUGUUUCAAUGCUUACCGGCCAUACUAGCGGCAAGCCGGCCAUGUUGACUGGUGCGGAUCCGUCCAGCCCGGUUGAUUUCGGCAAGGAUGUUAAGGCCAACUCUAAGAUCAUGGCUCUGCAUGUGGAAUGA